AUGCGUCGAAGUAAGCGACGACGUAAUAGUGAGCUGGAUAAAGAUGAAGAAAAGUUGCAAAUUGCACUACAGGAUAUCCAGAAAAAGAUGAAGUUAGUAAUUCCGCUGAAGAAGAAAGUUAAUGAAUCAUUGUCUACCCUACAGGAAUUAGUUGAUAAGAAUAAGCUCAGUAUUGGAUGCAAAUUGAAUGGUGCUCUCCGAGGCCGAGUAUUAAAUCUAUACGAAAACGCUAAAAAAGCCUGCGAGGUAGAAGCUACUUGCGUCAGGAACCUUUUGGAAGAUAUCGAAAAGUUACGCAAAAGAAAAUAUGAGUUCCAACGCAGUAACUUAGUAGGUCGUGGUGAGUUGAUGCAAAUGUUAUCGCAGAGUGCGCGCACUGCUCCGCUCUGGAUUGGACCACCAGAUACUCAUCCACCGGCAUUAGUUGGUGCCAUUCCAGCAUUUGUAUCGAUGUCUUUGAAGGUUGGUAUGGAAGUGGCUGCAUUCAUUGAUGGAAUAUGGAUGCUUGCUGAGGUGACCAGUGUUUUUGCAUCCUCGAAAUAUGAAGUUAAAGAUGUCGAUGAUGAACAAAAAGCCAAAUAUAUUGUUCGAAGAAGUCGUAUGAUUCCGUUACCGAGAUGGCGUGCAGAUCCUUUACGUGACAGUCAUGCACUGUUUCCUGUAGGUGCUAUCGUUCUUGCUCUUUAUCCUCAAACAACAUGCUUUUAUAAGGGAGUAAUCGAUCAGGUACCAGUUACAGCAGCUGAUGAUUAUUUAGUGGCAUUCGAGGAUUCAGCUUUCCCGCAAGGUUAUUCACCGCCUCUUCCAGUUCCCCAACGUUAUGUUCUCACUCAUAAAGUGCCGAAAGUAUAUAAACGUCGUGCUAUAAAGAAAUGA